AUGCCUUUUAUCAAAGCUCGAUCCAUGCAACGUACCCACCAGGUCGAACAAAUAAUCACAGCUCUCUCAAGAAACGACAUUUCUUCUCUCAGGUCACUUGCACGACAGCCAGGAGGCUAUGUUCAUGACACCUUGAGGAAGCUUGUAUGGCCCAUCUUACUUCAUGCUCAUUACGGCUGUUAUGUAGAUGAGAAGGGUAGUGAAAAAGAUUUAGCUGAUCCGGUUCAGAUAACAAAAGACGUAGAACGAUCCCUAUACUACUAUCCACAAGAUAUUUCGCCUAUGCUCAAGGCUCACAAGCAACAAGAGCUUCAUCGGAUGAUUGUUGAAAUAUUGUGGAGAAAUCCAAGAUUGAAAUACUACCAGGCAAGCCCUAUUGAAUAUGCAAUGUUGGACUCAUUUGAUCCAGUAUCAAAACAAUUACGUCUUAUGAGCUCUAUUAUUGAAUACGAAGAUCCAGAACUCACAUCUUUUCUUGAAAGGUCAAAUAUAAUGCCGUAUUAUGCGUUGAGUUGGAUCCUGACUUGGUACAGUCAUGACUUUGAGGACUUUAGCAAGAUUACUCGUCUAUUUGAUCUGUUUGUAGCAAGUUCACCUCUCAUGCCAGUAUAUGUAGCAAGUGCGAUCACUCUCCUUCGAAGAUCUACUAUACUCCGGGCAGAGCCUGACCUUGCUCACUCUAUAAUCUCUCACAUCCCACAUGAUAUCAACAUUGAUACAGUGAUACAAAAAGCGGUGUCGUUAGAAGAGCGCUACAGUGCCCUGGAACUUCAAAAGCGAAGUGGCAUAUGGUUACAUGAUGAGUCGGUAGUCAAUACUUGGUACCGUGAUUGGAGUCAUAUGGGAUGGAACGAUGUACCAGAUAGUAUAAAGGCCGAUAGAUACCUCAGCCAUGGAAUCCCAAAGGAAGAAUGGGAAGAUGAAAUGCUCACAGAAUGGAUGGAGAGACGACGGAAAUGGUUUGGAGCUAUCGACUUGUAG